AAUAGGGCCUUUACGUUUUCUAGUUUCCUUUGCAAUAAUUUUGCAGUCGAAUAGAAAAUUCGGAGAAUUGUAGGUGCUAAAAAAAAGCAACCAUGCUGAGAUCACGACUUGUUAGUUUGCCAAAAACUGUAAAACGUAGUAUUAGUACUAAUAUUCCUGCGCUGCAAACAAGUGAUCCUAUACAACAACUCUUCCUUGACAAACUCAGAGAGUACAAGUCGAAAAGCGGAAAUGGAAAAUUAGUUGAUCCCAGUCCAGAAAUAGUAAAUGAACGAAAGUCUGAACUAGAUAAACUGAAUUUACAAUACGGUGGUGAUAAAGGAGUGGACAUGACACAAUUUCCUCAGUUCAAAUUUGAUGAGCCAGCUGUGGAUACUGGGCUUGAUAAAAAGUAAAAAUAUAUUAAUAUGUAUUAUAGAACAUUCAUGUACUGAUGGGCAAACCAUUAAAUAUUAAAUAAUUUAUCGUUAAAAAUAAACACUACUAUAGUUGAA